UUAAUUGCGGUGAUUGGGUGUGGCCUUAUCCGAUCAGCAGAAUUGACUGAGGGAAAGGAUUGGGUAUCACGACCCCACAGCCGCUCCAUUCUUAGUCAAACAUUACCCAAACUAUAUGCUUCUCGCUGUUAUGUCCCCGAUCUUUCUCCUAUUUUACCCUUUCUACCCACCUUCGUCAUGAAUUCACCAAUUGUAGGCUCUCCUGGUGUCAAGAAAGAACAAACAAACAUUGCGCCUGCCAAAACGCCUGAUAGUUGGGCUCUUUACAAGGUUGUUGCUUGGUAG